UUUUCCGAUGCACUCAGUUCCUCUUUUCCACUUCAUCUCGAUGGCGGGCGCUUGCUGCAGGUGCUUCUUGCUCCUGGGGGCAGCUGGCCCUCUAGUGCUGGGUCGCUGCUCUGACUCCUCCUUUCAUUCCUUGUGCUCAUUUUUCACACUGGUGUCGGAGCCCCUCCAGGAAGUCCCCCAGUUUGUGCUUGUGGUCUAUCUGGAUGGCCAGGUCCUUGGUCACUAUGACAGCAGGGAGCGGAGAUGUGUGCCUGCAGAACCUUGGGUGAAGAAGAUGGUGGCCCAUGUUCCUAUCUUCUGGGAGCUGUGUGCAGAGAGAGCCAAGGCCUAUGAGACGUGGUUCAGAAAGGUCCUGACGACCAUACAGCAACUGUCCAACCAGAGCAACGGGCUUCACACCUGGCAGAAUAUGAAUGCCUGUGAAUGGAGCAAAUAUGGACACAGAAGAGCACAUAACUGGUAUGCCUACGAUGGGAGGGACUUCAUGAGCAUGGACUGGGAGACACUCACCUGGAUGCCAGCCAAUGCUGAGGCCACGGUGGUCAACAGGUGGUGGAAGGCUGAACAUCCCGUCAGGCAGGAUGCAAUGCACUCACAGGAUAAAGAGUGUGUUGAUUGGCUGCAGAGAUCCGUGAACUAUGCAAAGGAAGCUCUGUUCAGGAGAGAGUCCCCAGUAGUGAAGGUGGCAUGCAAGGUGGGCAGCGACAACCUGGAAACCCUCACCUGCCGGGUGUAUGGCUUCUACCCCAAAGAGAUUGAUUUCACCUGGAGUAACGACGGGGAGGUCCAGAAGCAGGAGACCCUCCGCGGCGGUGUCCUCCCCAACUCAGAUGGCACCUACUAUACCUGGCUCAGCAUCCAGAUUGACCCCAAAGACAGGCGCCGCUACUGGUGCCAUGUGAAACACGAGGCCCUGCAGGAGCCUCUGGACGUGUCCUGCGAGGGCCCUGUCUCUGGGCCUUUUGGGCUUAUUGUGGGAGUCCUUGCUGCCAUCCUCCUGCUUGUGGCUGGGAUUAUCUAUGUCAAGAAGAGGUGGCAGCAGGGGAACAGGAGAGAGCAGAGCGAAAGAAGAGAAAUGAUGACCACACAACUGCACGAAGCCUGUCAUAGCCCACCUCAGGUAUCCAGACUUCAAAGCAAAGAUGCAGCUCCAACCAAUGAUCAGACUACACUCUGAACUACUGUGUAAAAUCCUAUCCCCUCCAUUUCAGGACUUAUAAGCUAUGAAAAGUUGGCAGGAUUUUCUCUGAGAAAAAGACACGUCUUAAGAACAUAAGAACAGCCCUGCUGGAUCAGGCCCAAGGUCCAUCUAGUCCAGCAUCCUGUUUCACAAAGUGGCCCACUAGAUGCCGCUGGAAGCCUACAGGCAGGAGCUGAGGGCAUGCCCUCUCUUCUGCUGUUACUCCCCUGCAACUGGUACUCAGAGGCAUCCUUCCUCUGAGCCUGGAGGAAGCCUGUAGCCUUCAGACUAGUCGCCAUUGAUAGACCUCUCCUCCAUGAAGUUAUCCAAACCCCUCUUAAAGCCAUCCAAACUAGCCAUCCACUUUCUCUACACCAUGCAUGAUUUUAUAGACCUCUAUCAUGUCUCCCCACAGUCAUCUUUUAUCUAAACUAAAAAGCCUGAUCAUCUUGGUUGCCCUCUUCUGCACCUUUCCCAGUUCUACAAUGUCCUUUUUUAGAAGUGGUGACCAGAAUUGUACACAGUACUCCAGGUGUGGCUGCACCAUGGUUUUGUAUAAGGGUGUUAUAAUAUUAGCAGUUUUAUUUUCAGUCCCCUUCCUAAUGAUCCGUAGAUGAUCCCCUUCCUAAUGAGCCCUAGACCACGUCCACAAGAUCCCUCUCCAGGUCAAUCACCAAGAGCUCAGAUCCCAUCAGCGUAUACUUGAAGUUGGGGUUUUUCAUCCCAAUAUGCAUUACUUUACAUUUGCCAACACUGAGCGGGUGAGCACAUGUUUAUCGCCCACUCCCCCAGUUUGGAGAUAUCUUUUUGGAGCUCCUCACAAUCUGUUUUGGAUUUCACUAUCCAAAAGAGUUUGGUAUCAUCUGCAAAUUUGGCCACCUCGCUGCUUACCCCUGCUUCUAGAUCAUUGAUGAAUAAAUUAAAAAGCACCCGUCCCAGUACAGAUCCCUGGGGGACCCCACUUCAUACUUACUUCCAUUGUGAAAACUCUCCAUUUAUACCUACCAUCUGUUUCCUGUCUUUCAACCAGAUAGCAAUCCACACAUGUACUUGUCCCCUUAUCCCAUGACUGCUAAGUUUCCUCAAGAGUCUUUGAUGGGGAACUUUGUCGAAAGCUUUUUGGAAGUCCAGGUAGACUAUGUCAACUGGAUCACCUUGAUCCACACACUUGUUGACACUCUCAAAUAACUCCAAAAUGUUUGUGAGGCCAGAUUUACCUUUGCAGAAGCCAUGCUGGUUCUCUCUCAGCAGGGCCUGUUCUUCUAUGUGCUUUACAGUUUUAUCCUUGAGGAUGCUUUCCAUCAAUUUGCCUGGAACAGAUGUUAUGUAACCGGACUGUAAUUUCCUGGAUCACCCCUGGAUCCCUUUUUGAAAAUCGUUGUUAUAUUUGCUACUUUCCAGUCCUCUGGUACAGAGCCUGAUUGCAGGGAUACGUUAUAUAUUUUGACAAAGAGGUCGGCAAUUUCACAUUUGAGUUCUUUGAGGACUCUUGGAUGGAUGCCAUCCGACCCUGGUGAUUUGCUGGUUUUUAUUUUUUUCAGACAGUUUAGAACAUCAUCACUUGUCACUUCUAUCUGACUCAGUUCUUUAGCCUCCAUCCCCCCAAAAACUGGUUCAGGAACAGGUAUAUGCUCAGUAUCCUCUGCCGUGAAGACGGACGCAAAGAACUCAUUUAGCUUCUCUGCAACUUCCAUAUCCUCCUUAAUAAUCCCUUUCACUCCCUCAUCGUCUAAUGAUCCAACCGCCUCCCUGGCAGGUUUCCUGCAUCUGAUGUAUUUAAAGAAGUUUUUGUUAUUCCCCUUGAUGCUUUUAGCUAAAUGUUCCUCAAACUUUCUUUUCACCUCCCUUAUUGUCACCUUGCAUUUCUUUUGCCAGAGUUUGUGUUCCUUUCUGUUCUCUUCAUUUGGAAAGGCCUUCCAAUUUUGGAAGGAAGUCUUCUUCCUCUUUAUGGCUUCCUUGACUUCUUAGCCAUGCUGGCAUCCUCCUGGACUUAGUGGUACCUUUCCUCCUUUUGGGUAUACAAUCUGACUGGGCUUCUAGUAUUGUGGUUUUGAGUAAACUCCAUGCAUUCUGAAGUGACUCUCCUGAUUUAUCCUUUCAGCUUUCUUUUCACCAUACUCCUCAUUUUGGAGAAGUUUCCUCUUCUGAAAUUCAAAAUGUCUGUAUUAGACGUCCUUGGUGAUUCUCUCCCAGCAUGUGUGCUGAAUUCGAUCUCACUAUGGUCACUGUUCCCUAAAGGAUCGAUGACACUGACAUCACACACUAGGUCCUGGGUGUCACUCAAGAUUAAGUCCAGGGUCGCAUUCUCUCUUGUUGGUUCCAUGUUCAACUGUUCUAGGUCACAGUCAUUCAGCGUAUAUAGAAAUCUGACCUCUUUGUCAUUAGCUGACUGUGAAUUUACCAUGUGUGAGUAAUUGAAUUCACCUAUUGUUACUGCCCUGCCUCUCCUUGACGCCUCCUUGAUUUCCUCCUGCAACUCCCAGUCACUGUCAGCAUUUUUAUCAGGAGGGCGAUAGCACAUCCCCAGUAGCACAUUUCCUUUCAGGCCUUGUAUUGUCACCCACAGGGUUUCUGUGGAGGACUGCAGUCCACCUAGGCUUUCUUCUUUGUUAGAUUCUAUCCUUUAAAGCAGGGACCCUCAAUGUUGGGCCCCCAGAUGUUCUUGGACUUCAACUCCCAUAAUCCCCAGCCAGGGGCGUAACGAUAGGGGGGGCAGGGGCGGCACGUGUCCCCGGCGCCAUUUGCUAGGGGGCGCCAAAAAGUACCCCCGCAGAUCCCCUGCCUUUGCAGAAUUUUUUUUUUUAAAAAUUUGGUGCAUUGCAGCUGUCCGCCAACUUCAAAGAGCUCUCCCCCGGUCCCGGCGCCCCGCCCCCCCCAUUGCUCAGCUCCGGCAGUGCCGCGGCGCCGGCGCCUAAACUUUGCAGCUUUGUCUCUCUGACUCUCUCUCUUUCGCGUCUCUCCAAGAGUCUGCUGACGCCACUCACCCGCCGCCCCACCCCGCCCCCAGUCACGCAUGCGUGUCAGGAGGACACGCGCAUGCGUGUCUGGCCUGCCUGGGACUGGGAGGAGAGCUCGCUACGCCGCCUGCACGUGCACGGUGCACUUUGUCUUCCUGCUGUGCGGUGCGUCGGGCUGUGUCUUCCUUCCUGCCUGGACAAGGAGAGGAACAGGAGCGGACUGCGGAGGAAGGAUCCCAGGGGCCAGGGGUACUGGACAACAAGCAACAAGGACGGAGGUCGGAGGAGGACAAACAAUAGGUGUGUGUGUGAUCUCUUGUCUUUUUUGAAAUCUCGUCCUCUCUGGCUCCGCUCCCCCUGCCUCCUUUUAAAAGAUUCUUUCUCCUUUUUAAAAAAAUCUAGUUUUUUGGAUCCCCCCCCCAGAGAAGAUGCGGUGUUUUCCCUUUGCUUUCGGCAGGAGCUGUUGUGUGUUAAGCCUUCGCUGAUUUUCGUGAGAGAUGCUCCGAAGUCUGCACCGGUGUGUGCGUGUGUGUGCGCGCGCCAAUUUAGUCCCGUGUGCUGAGAAGUAGAGGUUUCAAUGGGACUAACUCCCUAGCGUGGGCAUGGAAUCGAAGCCUUUUUUUAAUUUUUUUGCCUGGUUAUGGAGUUCAGUGAGGGGCUGGGAAACUGUGCGCAAGAUUGAAGCCUACAUGAGGGGAGCCUAUAUCAGUGGAGCUUGCUUCCAAAUGAGACAAAGAACCAUAGCCUUAGUUUUUUAAAUGUUAUCGUAGACAUGCAGAGUCAAAGGCAUUCUCUCCACUUUCCCCUUUCCUUUAGUGGCAUCCAUGUGUUGAAGCCUCAGUGUAAGGGAAUUGCUCGAAGAGGAGACCAGUAGCAAAAAGGAAAGGGAAGGGGGGAAAGGAAAAGUUCAACUCACUUGCAAAACUAUUCUCUGCUCAGAAGCUGUUUUCUUCUUCGCAAAGGGGAGCGGAUAACACGCUCUCCCUCUCGGCCAAGUUAGGGAUCCUCUCCAAAUGUCCGCCCCCGCUCGCACAAGGAGGAGGAAGCAAUUCCCUUACACUGAGGCUUCAACAUGUGUGUGUGUGUACAUAUGGUGUGUGUGUACACAAGCCUACUUCACAGGGUUGUUGUGAGGAAAAAUCUAAGUAUGUAGUGCUCCCUGUGUAUCAGCUCCACUGAUAUUAAUGGCAUUAGCUUCCAGGAAAGUUUGUUAUUGAAUCAGGAUACACACAAAAUGCAUCCAUAAUUAUCUCAGAACACACAUAUACUUCUCUGCAGAGUAAACAAUCUGCCACCAUACAGGAAAAGACUCACAGUAAAAAACUAACCAAUCCACUUACAUUGCAGAGGGCUGACUAACAGAGAAGGGUGGGGGGAGGAGUACUGUCAAGUUUGUGUGAAGUUAUGAGACUGCCAAUUACAUUUGGUAAUCAAGCUGUGUGUGUACAUAUGGUGUGUGUGUACACAUGGUAUGUUUGUACACAAGCCUACUUCACAGGGUUGUUGUAAGGAAAAACCUAAGUAUGUAGUGCAGCACACACACUGGGCUACUUGGAGGGAGAGCAGGAUAUAAACUGUAAAAAUAAAUAAAUUGAAAUACAAAAAAUAAAUACUAUUUUAUCUCAAAAAACAAUAAUAGCACCUCUGCUGACUGGAAGAACAACCAACCACAAACCAAUAAAUAAACCAAAUUUAUUGCAUUUGUGGUUAUUGCAUUUUGAAAUUUUUGGUAAUUUUGGUAAUUUUUGUAAUUUUUAAAAUAAAAGUUUCCUGAAACAUGUGUGUCAGUCAGAUGCACGCUGGGGGCGGGGCGGGGGGCGCAAUUUCAGUGCUUGCCCCAGGCGCCGUUUUCCCUAGUUACGCCUCUGUCCCCAGCCAAAGGCCACUGGGCCUGGGGAUUAUGGGAGUUGAAGUCCAAGAACAUCUG